AAGGGGAGCGAGCGGAUCCUGACAAAAGCGAAACUGCAGUGAGUGUGGGGCUGAUGAUGCUGAGACAGGCAGAUAUUAGAAGGAAGGUCAUACAUCUCUCCUCUAUUGCGACACACACACACACUCUCCAUCAGUGUUGAGAUCAGAGAAGCUGUCAUUGGGUUUGGUUUUUUUACUGUGUUGACGGGGUUUUCGGGUGUGUUGUCGAGGCUGGAGUCAUUUCACCAACGGUCGUGUUUCUGGGGUGAGAGCGGUGUGUGCUGACAGUGAGGCUGCUCCUCCGUUAGAUCAUGUCCACGAUGGUGUACCCUCGUGAUGAGAAGCUGGAGAAGUUAUCUCAGGAGGAGAUCAUCUCCAACACUAAGCUGGUGAUUCAGGGUCUGGAGGCGCUGAAGAAUGAGCACAACUCCAUCCUGCACAGCCUCCUCGAGACCAUCAAGUGCCUGAAGAAAGAUGAGGAGGCCAACGUGGUGCACGAGAAAUCCAACCUGCUCCGCAAGUCUGUGGAGAUGAUCGAGCUGGGACUUGGCGAGGCUCAUGUGAUGAUGUCUCUGUCGAAUCAUCUGAACACCGUAGAGUCAGAGAAACAGAAGUUACGUGCUCAGGUGAGGAGACUCUGUCAGGAGAAUCAGUGGCUGCGAGAUGAACUGGCCAACACACAGCAGAAGCUGCAGAAGAGCGAACAGAACGUGGCUCAACUCGAGGAGGAGAAGAAACAUCUGGAGUUCAUGAAUCAACUCAAGAAAUACGACGAGGACGUGUCGCCAUCGGAGGAGAAAGAGGGUGAAGCUCCUAAAGACUCUCUGGAUGAUCUGUUUCCUAAUGAUGAUGAGGAACACACUCAAGGCAUGCAGCACCAGCACAACAGUGCGGCUGUGGCGGCAGCGCAGGGCGGGUACGAGAUCCCGGCGCGCCUCAGAACGCUUCAUAACCUGGUGAUCCAGUACGCGUCUCAAGGCCGCUACGAGGUGGCCGUGCCGCUCUGUAAACAAGCUCUGGAAGACCUGGAGAAAACCUCCGGACACGACCAUCCAGACGUGGCCACCAUGCUCAACAUCCUGGCACUCGUGUACAGGGAUCAGAAUAAGUAUAAAGAAGCUGCACAUCUGUUGAAUGACGCGCUCUCUAUCAGAGAAAAGACGCUGGGUAAAGAUCAUCCAGCUGUUGCUGCCACUCUCAAUAAUCUGGCUGUUCUGUACGGUAAGAGAGGGAAGUAUAAAGACGCCGAGCCGCUGUGUAAACGAGCUCUGGAGAUUCGAGAGAAGGUGUUGGGUAAAGAUCAUCCUGACGUGGCGAAGCAGCUGAAUAAUCUGGCUCUGUUGUGUCAGAAUCAAGGCAAGUAUGAUGAGGUGGAGUAUUAUUACUGCAGAGCGCUGGAGAUCUACGAGCGCAGACUCGGUCCAGAUGACCCAAACGUCGCCAAAACCAAGAACAACCUGGCAUCCUGCUUUCUCAAACAAGGCAAAUAUAAAGAAGCAGAGAUUCUGUACAAGGCGAUUCUGACUUGUGCUCAUGAGAAAGAGUUUGGAUCAGUGGACGCUGAAAACAAACCCAUCUGGAUGCACGCGGAGGAGAGAGAAGAGAUGAGCAAGGGGAAAAACAGAGAGACUCCCUAUGGAGAAUAUGGAGGCUGGUACAAAGCCUGCAAAGUCAACAGUCCAACUGUAAAUACGACUCUGAGGAAUCUGGGUGCUCUGUACCGCAGACAGGGGAAGAUGGAGGCAGCCCAGACACUGGAUGAAUGUGCAAUGAGAUCCAGAAAACUGGGUCUGUAUCCUGUGCAUCAGUCUCGUGUCAUGGAGAUCCUGAAGGAGGGCGACAGUGAGCGGCGACGCAGUAGAGACAGUCUGCCCAGUGUAAAGUACGAGAGCGGUUCUGAGGCCGGUGAUGAAGCAUAAACCUUAUCUUCCUCCUCAGACAGGAAGGAGCGUGUUGUUUGUACCCCUGCAAAUUCAUCCUCUGCCAUUCCGGGUGUCUGGGAAAAGAACUUUCCUUUAAAACUCCAACUGUUCACAGAGCGCUGUUGAGACGAGCCUCAGUUGUCCUUAGAACUCUUUCCUGCCCUGUUCUCUUUCUCUCUUCUAUCUCUUCAUUUUCCUCUUCAUCUCUGAUGAUCUUCAUCAUGACCUCACUGAUGAUGUCAGAACUUUCACACUUUGAUGGUUUGUGCUGAAUUAGACUUGACGUCCGUCUGUGGUUUAGUAUUCGAUUGGCUUCUAGUGUUGAAGAAUCACUGUUGCUGUUUGGAAAGUAUUUCAUGAAAACCAUGAAAGUUUAUAUUUUUGUUUUGUUUUUUUGAAAUAUAUGAAAAGCUGAUGAACUCAACAGAGGACAAACAGCACGCAUUUUUCUUUAGAACGGAGGACGAGUUUUUUAUUUUGUGCUCCAGUAUCAAAUUUAUGUUUACAGAAUUUGCCAUUAACGCUUGCCGUGGGUUUUGAAGUAUUAGUUAGCGGUGGCCGUAUUCUGAUUACACGAACAAAUAAAAAACGUUGAUCUCGUAUGGAACUUUAAACACAGCGUUGUACACACUCUCAUUCCUUUAGUGUGUGUUAAAGUGACUCUCACAUUAGAAACUAUUACAUUUAUCCACAUAUUAACCCUUUAAGCUCGGAUCGCUGGCAGGCCCGUGAGAAAAAAAAAAGUCAAAAUAUUAAUAACUACAGUCUCGACCAACACAAUAUAGGUAUCGUUUGAAAGUAUAGAAGCUCUACUUUCCAAUGCAUGUAGACAUUAUGACCAAAACUGAACAAGUGCUUUAAAAUUUGCAGACAAAUCAGAAGUGUUCCAUUUUGAUAAUUUAUUUUUUAAAAAUUGCAAUCAGUAAAAUCAUCAAACUCAUCAAAUAGUCAUGUGUCAUAUGUUGUUGGAAAGCUCUCAAAGAGUAGAAUACAACCAGCCUAUUUGUUUUACUCACAGACAAAAAUAUAGUGAGUAAUAGCUAAGUAUAUGUGUUUGACUAUGUUGUUGUUGCUUGUAUGCUGCGUUUUCGCUUAUAACUUCACGAAAAAUAAACAGAACAUAAAAUAUCACACACAGUACCUUUACUUAGAGGAGGUGAUUAUCUUUCAAACGAGUCCACACACAAGAUAAUCAGAUGCAUAGAUCAUUAGAUAAUCCACAUGAAGCACAAUGUUACAUAUGACCACCAGGAGAUGGCGCCAAAUACAUGACACAGACACAAUGAUGACUCAAAUGACACAGAAUGAAACUCAUUCUGUGAAAUCUCAUUACUAAAAUCAUGUGUGCAUGCUGUGCAAACCUUUAGUCAUUGUUGUGUUUGCAUGUGUAAUUAGUUCUUAUGUACAAUUAUUAUGUUUUAUUUGUUUGGAGAUGUUUUUGGACACUAUGAUUAAUUAUAUUUGUAAUGUUAUAACUUUUGAUUGCUUUGUUGUAUCAACACAACAUUUUUCUCAGACACAGUUGACAUGAUUGGGAACAAAGCAAAAGCAGUUUUUUGGAGCCACAUUAUUUACAUCCAGAGAUAUAUAAUGUCAAAUAAGAAAAAUAAGAAAAAAUUUAAGUUUUGGCUCAAUUUAUUUUUUGAUUUUUCAGCAGUUUCUUUGGCUGAGAGUCUCAGAAUGUAUCAUAAUCUAUAUCGUACAUUUUUUGUAAAGUUUUCUUUACACACUCAACCCUACUUUUUUAUUUUUUAUUAUAAGCCUUUAAUUUUGGGUAUGCCGCCAAAACAGGAAAUCUUUAAAAACACCUUCAGAGCUUAAAGGGUUAAUAUGUUACUAUUGCAGAAACAAACAUGUCAAAAGGGAACAAAAUAAUUCAGUAUUUCAGACGUUUGUGAAAGACUUCACAUACACACACUCACCUCAAACUAACCAAAAUGUCUAGUUUUCUCUCAUUUGAUUCAAAACUCCUGCUAAAUUGCAGGUUUUGUUCAAGCUAAUGAAAUAAACUUAGAUUUUCAGGUUGCAUAGCCUCUUUCUGUUCCAACUGAGUGAUUCUGGUCCAGAAAAGCAUUUCAUUGAGGCUUUGAAUUUAAACAUGAAGACAUUCUGAACUUUUGACACAAUCCAGUGCGUCGGCCUUACACUAACCGUAUUAUAUCACUGAAUGUAUUUUAUUUCAGUGCAGUGCUCUUGUGAAAUGAUGUUUGUGGAUGUGAUGGUGUGGAGCUUCAUUUAUUUCCCCUUCAGUUAUGAUGAUAGUUUGAUCACCAUUCCAACACACUGAAGUGAUGAUGAUGAUGAUGAUGCAGUAUAAAAUGUUUCUCAUGUUAUUUUAAUAACUGAAGUGUUUAUGCCGUGUUUAGUGAAUGCUGGUUAUUUAUUGAAGCUCUUCUGUAUCUUUGUUUUAUUCAGAGCAGUUGACACUCUUGUGUUCACUAUCAUAGUGAGUAGAACUACAAAUAAAUAUAUAUAGAAACAUAUUAAUGAACGCUCUGCAUUGUGAUGUUUGUUAAAUCAAAUGUAUGAAUGUUCUCAAUAAAGCUUUGAUUUCUGAAGUUUCUCAGUG